UAAAAAUGACCCUUCGUGAGAGACAAUGGUUAAAUAUACACUCCUGAUUGACGAUGAGCAGCUCUUACUAUUUUUCACUGAUAUAAAUAUAUAAGUGUCAAAUUUUGAGAGAAAAGGAAUGAAAAUGCAUCUUUUGUUUAUCGUCGUGGUAUACUGUGGUACCGUAACAGCCUUGGAUCCAAAAUUCAAAACUGCACAGCAAAUACAUCAAAGACACAAAAGAGCAUUUGUCGAGAAGGGUGAUUGUCAGAAAAUGAUAGAAAAGUAUGGGAUGAGUAUGAUAAACUAUGGAAUAGAGGAUUUGUCAAAUGGAACUGAAAAGUAUGAAGGUCGCUUUUUUCAAUCCUUGCAAAGUAUUUUCAUGAUUAUACAAAAGAAAAGGAAUGCUACAAAAUGGACAAUAGCUGAGUCUCUAAAGGAUCAGUAUCGUAGGUCUUACAAUAUCCUAAGGCGGUCGCGUGAUGACGAUUUGGAGAUCAGUCUUAUCCAACUAUAUUCAGCUGACGAAAUUUACUCCGAUCUAUCAGCCGCACUUGCUCAGCAUAAAUGUACAACAAAAUCACUAUCUGUAAAUGAUAGAGCGUUAGCCCCUUAUGCUACCGCCCUGUUUGCUACAAUAUUGUACUGGAAAGAUUUAAUGGCAGCAAGUAAAACUACAUAUAGAGGAAUACAGGAUAUUCAAGGAGAUAUGGCAAUCGUUUUGAAACCUUACAAAAAGGGGGAGAGCAUAGUCCUGCCGCAAUUCACAUCAUCAUCUGAUCGUCGAGAAGUUUCGAUGGAAACAUUUCUUGCGCCUGGUACCGACAAAAACAUUUUUCUAAUAAUUGACAAUUCACAGGACAGUGAAUGGAGACCAAAGGGUAUAAGUCAGUUUUCCGAGUAUCCAGAUGAAAGCGAGUUCCUUUACCCACCAGCCGCAAAGUUUAAAGUUCUUUCUGAUCCCGUUAAGAAAACGGUAAAGAUUGGUCAAAAUAGUAGAGAUGAACGUACAUUUUACGAAAUAAAGCUAAAGCUGACGGGGAUGAGUUUAAAACAUAAAAUAAGAAAAACACUUCGAAAGAUUUGUCCAUGGAUAAAAGAGAAAUAACAUCACAAUUCGUUUAAGGAUAUAAAGUAUUUUUUAUAGCUUGAUUUAUAUAUAUGUUUAACACUGUGUAAGGUUUGUACUUAGACCAAUUAUAUGGACAUGUAACUGUGUUAAUAUGUAGGCCUGUGCAGAAAGUUUCCCAGCUUCCUACAUGUAUAUGAACGUGAUCAGACUAAGUAAACGCUAUCUGUGAUAGAUUUUUAGCCAACGGAAAGGGUCAAGUAGAAACGAUUAUUAAGUAAGGGAAUAACACGUACACAUUUACCGGUACUUCUUAAUUCUGAUAUCGUA